AUGAUCCAAAAUCUUUUCCGCCUCAAGAAUAUCGCCUCGAUUAAUAGUAGCAGCUGUAGUAGCUUUAAAAUCGACGUUCCAACCGCUGGAACCACAUCCACUGUAUCUGUUAGCUUACCUGAUGGCCUUUACAGCUAUACUGAUAUCAAUCGAAGUAUCCAGACUGCUCUCGUCAAUGCUGGAGCGUAUUUGAUCAAUCCAUCUGGGGGAAAUGUCUUCUACAUCCAAUUAUCGGAGAACAGUGUGUAUUAUGCUGGUCAGUUUGAUUUCAGCCCUACACCAUCGUCUCUACCUACUGCUGGUGGUACUUGGACAAGACCCGCGAUAGGAUUGUACUCUCCUGGAGGUACUGGUUUGCCGACUACUACUCGCGUUCCUCGUCUGAUCAUUGAUAACGCCUCUUUUGGAAAGGUAGUAGGGCUGACUGCUGGUACGUAUCCUUCUACGUCAGCGACGGUUGCAAGUGCUCAGCUCUCGAAUAUCAUUCCUCAGAUUCACCCUACCAGCUCAUACAUCGUUCGCUGUGAUCUGAUCAAAAAUGACUACGUUGCAUCUGGUGAUAUUCUGAGUGCAUUCGAUCGAGGUGAUGCUCAGGUAGGUCAGCUAAUUUCAUACAAACCGAGUCAGUAUGCUUGGAUGAACUGUCUCAAUGGCUCGCGUACCUCAAUCACGGUCAGUAUCUACAAUCAGAAUGAUCAGAAGGUCAAGUUCCGUGAUACGUCAGUAUCAAUCAUGCUACUAUUGAAACCAAAAAAAUAG